AGUUUCGCGCGGGCAGGUGCGCGAGCCGAGGUCGGACAUGCGGACCCCCUGACCAGAUGUGACCCGCGGCCAUGGAGCGCCGCCGCCGCGCUGCCCGCCUCGACGCGCCCGACCCCAUGACGAAGGUGGCGCGCCGCCGCGAGAAGCCGCGCGAGCGCUGGCUCCUCACUCGAAAGACAUGGAAGUACAUGUCGGAUGCCGGCCGCCGGCUCAUUCCAGACGGUGCACAGAAUAGAUUGGAGGAUGUACCGCGCAUCGAGGCUUAUUUUCAGGAUGUGUGCGCCAAAGAGCCUCGGUUCUUACUUUGGCGAAAAAGCUCGUACCCGGGGGCGUUACCGCGACCGCGUCGCAAAAAGCGACCUCGCGGUGGCUCGGUGCGAGCUCGUUCGCCGUCUGAUGACGUGCUCCCAGCGCCGACUCGCCCCACGGAGCUCUUUAUCCCGCACACCUCCGGCGGUCGGUUUGACAUAGCGAAGCUUCGCCGCGAUUUCUUUGCGGCUCCACCGUCAGCCCCAUCUGGUUCUGGUUUCCAACCUGGAUCUAGUGGGACAUCCGGCGUAAGAUUUCAUGUUGGGUCGAGCAGUUCUUUGCGAGAUGCCAAUCACAAAGAACCUACAGAGGAAGACGAUGACAGUAGUCUAGUAGAUUUAUUGCGCAAGUACCUGAAAUUAGAAGAGAAUACGGGAGUUGCGAAGGUUUCGGACUCUGAGGAAUUAGUGCGUGUUUUGCGGAGGUAUCUAAAAAGGCAGGCAGAUACCGUACCCACAGACUCCGAUGGAGACCCGACUCAGCGUACUCUACUAGAAAAUCUCGGGCGAUACUACUGUCGCUCGCCAAACAGGGAUCAUAUAGUGCAGGACUUAUUAACUGACAGAAAUUUAUUAAAAAGACUAUAUCAUGACCUUCGUAAAACUAAACCUUAUCGCGGCGGUAGAAGCGGUGGUGGUGGUAGUGGUUUUGGACCUAGUGGCCUUAUGUCAGUACCAAACUCUAACGCCAGAGGUUUUCCGUGUAGACUCAAUAGUGUGCCCCGUGCUAGCGAUGGCGAUGAUUCUAUCCGAUCACCACCGAUGUCACCCCCGCCUCUCAUCGAAGUAUACGGGGAAUCUAUGGAAGAUAAGUUGAUAGACAGUGGAACGCAAACGGUACCGAUUCCAGAGGAAGUGUUAUUAGAAAUCGAGAGAGCGUAUCGGGAAAAGUUAGAAGCAGCUACUUCACCUACGAGCCCAACAAGCCCGCCACCUGAACGUAAGCCAGCAAGACGGCGAUCUAGCGUGGAUCACGAUGACGUAUCUCAAUCCGUAAGCGACACCAUAAAACGGUAUCUUCGAAUGGCUCGCAAGAAAAGUGUAGAUGCGGAUAAAGCUGAUCGCUUUAAGCGGAUCAACUACGACAAGAACUUGAGGAAUAUAAAGCCUCGGAUGCCUGGGGAGGUGGACGACGAUGGACCGCACAAAGGUUGUCAGACAGAAGAGGGUUGGAUUCUAACAUAUAGGGACUUACAAUUUGCAUCAGUAGCGUCGACGCCGACGUCUCCACCGUCGUCGAUGUCUCCUUCCACGUCACACUCGUUCCUCUCAACGAUACUAGGGCGAAGUGCUCCAGCUGUGUCACCUGCUUCAGGUGGCAUGCAGAAGUCGCGGUCUUCUAGCAGCGUAGUGCAAAGCGUCAGCAAGCGGCUCUGGCGCACGAGGAGCCGCAGCUCUAGUCGCGCAGCCUCCACCUGGACGCCUCAGGGCAGUUGUCGCUGGACAGAUGGCAGCGGGCGCUGCGUGCGGCUGACGGACACUUCGCUGUUGACCCUCAGCGAGGUGGAGCGGCGGGCGCUGCAGCAGGCGGCGCUGGCGAGGCUGCAACAGAUCAACCUCGGCACAACUAUAAAGAUUCCAGAAGAAAAUGCGGUAGCACCAUCAACGAAGCCCAAGCGAAGAGCGUAUCUCCUAAAGAGGAAGGCCCUUACCACAGGCUUCUUCGAUCAAAGCAGGACCAAAGAAGACAAGGAUAAAGACUCGCAUACGGGCAGUGUGUUUGGUGUUCCUUUGGCGCAGUGUGUGGAGACAGAAAGGGCUCUCCGGCGGCAGCAGCACGGCGGUUCCAGGGCAUCAUUAGCUUCUCUUGGAGCGAUCGAGAAAGGAGACGAUAGCGAGUCCUGCGACUCCGGUGAGUGGGGAUGGGCAGGACUUGAAGAGGCGGGCGGGGGAGGACCAAAAGUCCCUGGUCUGGUGUCCGCUUGUCUCGCGCACCUGCGCCGGCACGGCCUUCACACACUGGGACUCUUCAGAGUGUCCGCCUCGAAGAAGAGGGUGCGACAGCUCCGCGAAGAAUGGGAGAGGGGUCAGGAGGCUGCUUUAGAUGCGGCCGUGUGUCCCCACGAUGUCGCUACCUUGCUGAAAGAAUUCCUUCGGGAUUUACCAGACCCGCUACUAUGCAGGGACUUAUAUAAUGCCUUUCUCAAUACACAAAAACUCCGCAACCGGCGACUACAGUGGGAAGCUUUACGAUUAAUCGUACAGCUUCUCCCGGCUGCGCAUCGGGAUACGCUCCAUGCUCUCCUGUCUUUCCUGUCGCAACUCGCAGCUCACGCAGAAGACGAGCAUCAGCCAGGAAACAAGAUGGAUGCUGCGAAUCUAGCAACAGUCUUCGCACCAAACAUACUUCAUAAGAACAAGCCCAACGAAACUGCCAGUGCGGAGCAGCUGUCAGAGAGGGCUGACGUCAUCAACGUGGUAAGGCAACUUGUGGAGAGGCAAGCAGAGUUAUGGACUCUGCCCGGGGAGAUGUUACAUGAAGCUUACAUACAAAUGGCCCACACUGCGCCUGCGCAUCUAGACUCACUUCUGCUACGGAGGGCUGAAUGCGCACAGGAGUCGAGCGCUGGUGGUGGUGUGGCGGGGGUGGUGAGCGGUCCGGGCGGGGGGGUGGUGGCAGCCGCGGGCGCGGGGGAGGUGCCGCGCCGCGUAUGGCCGCGCGAGGCGUGCACACACACCGCCGCCGCCACUGGAGGACCUGACGUCAGACACAGUGAUAAGUCUUAUUCACGCAGCAGAAGAACGAGGGAAACAGCCUCUGACACUUCAUCUGGGUCUCUGUCUUCCACCAUCACUACUGUCGUCACAAGCAGCAAAGUACGGAGCAGCGAGGAGGGCGCGAGCAGCGGUAUAGGAGGAAAUACAGCUCGAGACUCCGCACCUGACUCCAACGACUCCGCCAGCGACUACAACGAGACGCUAGGCGGGUCGGAUGAGGACAGUUGCGUUAUAACCGCGUCGCUGCACAUCCCGGCGGCAGUGGCGCGGCCGGCGGCUCCGCCACGCCGCCGCUCGACAUCGGGCUCGGAGUCGUCAGCGCGGCGCGACUCCGCCGUUGGCUCCUCGCCCGCAUCCCCCGCGCCCUCCACGCCGCCCGCCUCCCCGCCGCCCCCGCACACCCGCGCGCCUGACAUCGACCGUAUACUAGCCCUUGGCCGGGAACGUAAUACAUCAGACGCUCGGGCAGUCGUAUUGAGACAGCACGACGAAAGUACCAACAUAAGAACCAGAAUCUCAUCCCGCCACGAACACGGUACCAGAAGGGAAGAGCUCACCCUCAGGAGAGACGAUCAGAGCUCCAGAAGAGAAGACUUGUCCGUCAGGAGAGAAGAGAGGAGAGAAGGCACCACUCUCUACAAGAGAGGAGAAUUAAUCUCUAGUGCACGAUCACCGCCCACAUGAGAGAAUUAUAUAUACGUGCUUUUAUACAUAAACGUCUAUUUAUCA